GCCACCUCGUCGCCGCCGCGGCCGCAACUUUUCCUCGCCGCGCCGCGCCGCUCGCUCCCCCGCGGCUCCGGUGGAAGAUGGCAGUUGGGGGCAGCGCUGGAAGUUGCAGCCCGCGAGCCAAGAGAUAAGGCGGAGCAGCGGGAAGAUUCACCUCACCUCCAGAAGAAUCUCAAAAUUUGGACAACUUCUGCCACAGUUUACUUUACACUUUAACGAGAUACCAUUCCAUUAAGAAUAAUGAGCUCCACAACACCAGAUGGGGUUUCUGGACGUGAACAGCUCUUGGCUCAGCAAAGAAUGCACAGUAUGAUCAGCUCAGUGGAUGUGAAGUCGGAGGUUCCCGUGGGGCUGGAGCCGAUCUCCCCGUUAGACCUGCGGACGGAUCUCAGGAUGAUGGUUCCCAUGGUGGACCCCAUUAUGCGCGAGAAGCAGCUGCAGCAGGAGCUGCUCCUGAUCCAGCAGCAGCAGCAGAUUCAGAAACAGCUGCUCAUUGCAGAGUUCCAGAAGCAGCAUGAAAACCUGACCCGCCAGCAUCAGGCCCAGCUCCAGGAGCACAUUAAGUUACAACAGGAACUACUAGCCAUUAAACAACAGCAAGAACUCCUUGAAAAAGAGCAGAAACUGGAGCAGCAGAGACAAGAGCAGGAACUGGAGAGGCAUCGCAGGGAGCAACAGCUUCCUCCCCUCCGAGGCAAAGAAAGAGGACGAGAAAGGGCAGUGGCCAGUACAGAAGUGAAGCAGAAACUUCAAGAGUUCCUGUUAAGUAAAUCAGCUACAAAAGACUCUCCAGCAAAUGGGAAGAAUCAUUCCAUGAGCCGUCACCCCAAGCUCUGGUACACGGCUGCCCACCAUACCUCACUGGAUCAAAGCUCUCCACCCCUGAGUGGGGCCUCGCCACCAUACAAAUAUACUUUACCAGGAGCACAGGAUGCUAAGGAUGAUUUUCCACUUCGUAAAACGGCUUCAGAGCCCAAUUUGAAGGUACGUUCAAGAUUAAAACAAAAGGUGACAGAAAGGAGAAGCAGUCCUUUGCUCAGGAGGAAGGAUGGAAGUGUCAGUUCAUUCAAGAAGCGUCUUUUCGAGGUGACAGAAUCCUCAGUCAGUAGCAGCUCCCCUGGAUCAGGUCCCAGUUCCCCAAGCAAUGGUCCGACCAGCAGUGCAACAGAAAAUGAAACCUCAGUUUUGCCAUCUAACAUUCAAGCUGAGCACCUGGUUUCCCAGCAACGCCUUUUGAUACAGGAUGAAUCAGUGAACUUGUUGAGUCUGUACACGUCCCCUUCUCUGCCCAACAUUACCUUGGGACUUCCAGCAAUACAACCUCAAAUCAGUGGAGUCAGGGAGUGCUCCAGGAAAAGUAAUAGCUUCCCACUACUACAGGCUUCGUCGUCAUUCAAAGAAAAGCAGAAGGGGGAGACCCCGCCACUGAGACAAGGAGUGGCCUUGGCUGGACAGUAUGGAGGAAACAUUCCUCCAUCAUCAACUCAUCCUCACAUUGCUAUGGAGGGAAAGCCAAACAGCAGCCACCAAGCUCUCUUGCAGCAUCUGUUACUGAAAGAACAAAUGAGACAGCAAAAACUUCUUGUGACCGGAGCGGUUCCUCUUCAUCCACAGUCUCCUUUAGCAGCAAAGGAGAGAGUCUCACCUGGCAUAAGAGCUGCUCACAAACUGCCUCGUCACAGGCCACUGAACAGAACCCAGUCUGCUCCUCUUCCUCAGAGUACUUUGGCCCAGCUGGUCAUCCAGCAGCAACAUCAGCAAUUUUUGGAAAAGCAGAAACAGUACCAGCAGCAGAUCCACAUGAAUAAGAUGCUCUCUAAGUCCAUUGAGCAGCUGAAGCAGCCUGGCAGUCACCUGGAGGAAGCUGAGGAAGAGCUCCAUGGAGAUCACUCGAUGCAGGAAGAGCGAGCUCCCGCCAGCAGCGCCAGCGUUAGGGCUGAGAGCAGCAGUGCUGGCGUGGAUGACAGAAUAGGACAGCAGGUGGGGGCUGUGAAAGUCAAAGAGGAGCCACUGGACAGUGAUGAGGAUGUUCAAACCCAGCAAAUGGAAUCUGGGGAGCAAGCUGCUUUUAUGCAACAGGAGUUCCUGGCACAUCAGCAUGUCCACCAGUUGCAAAUCUACCAGGCUCAGAUGGCUACAGUUGGCAUGGCAGGAUCAGAUAAACAUCGACCACUUUCCAGGACCCCAUCUUCCCCCACUGACUCCACAUUACCUCACCCAGACAUGGACCAGCCCAGCCAGCAUGUCUACACAACUGGUGUUGUGUAUGACAGUCUGAUGCUGAAGCACCAGUGCAUGUGUGGGAACUAUGCCAAUCACCCCGAACACGCUGGAAGAAUCCAAAGCAUCUGGUCAAGGCUGCAAGAAACUGGGUUGCUAAACAAGUGUGAGCGAAUUCGAGGUCGAAAAGCCAGUCUGGAGGAAAUACAGCUGGUUCACUCUGAACAUCAUUCACUGCUGUAUGGCACCAGCCCACUGAACAGACAGAAGCUGGACCCCAGGAAACUCCUAGGAAACGUGUCUCAAAAACUCUUUUCCUUGUUGCCUUGUGGGGGACUGGGGGUGGACAGUGACACCGUUUGGAACGAGCUGCACUCGGCCGGGGCGGCACGCAUGGCGGUGGGCUGUGUCAUCGAGCUGGCGGCCCGCGUGGCCUCCCGGGAGCUGAAGAAUGGCUUUGCUGUUGUAAGGCCCCCAGGCCAUCAUGCUGAAGAAUCAACAGCCAUGGGGUUCUGCUUUUUUAAUUCGAUUGCAAUUACUGCCAAAUACUUGAGAGACAAGCUAAAUAUAGGCAAGAUAUUGAUUGUAGAUCUGGAUGUUCACCAUGGCAACGGUACACAGCAGGCUUUUUAUGCUGACCCCAGCAUCCUGUAUGUUUCCCUCCAUCGCUAUGAUGAAGGCAACUUCUUCCCCGGCAGUGGAGCCCCAAAUGAGGUUGGAAGUGGCCCUGGCGAGGGGUAUAACAUAAAUAUUGCUUGGACAGGUGGCUUGGAUCCUCCUAUGGGUGAUGUUGAGUAUCUCACAGCAUUCAGGACUGUGAUCAUGCCAGCUGCCAAUGAGUUUGAUCCAGAAAUCGUCCUGGUGUCAGCAGGAUUCGACGCUGUGGAAGGCCACGACCCUCCGCUGGGCGGGUACAAAGUCACGGCUAAAUGUUUUGGUCACCUAACCAAGCAAUUGCUGAAGCUGGCGGACGGCCGCGUGGUGCUGGCACUGGAGGGAGGACAUGACCUCACUGCCAUCUGUGAUGCCUCUGAAGCCUGUAUAAAUGCCCUCCUAGGAAAUGAGCUGGAGCCUCUCCCGGAAGAUAUUGUGCACCAAAUCCCCAAUAUGAAUGCAAUAGCUUCUUUAAAAAAGACCACUGAAAUACAAAGCAAGUACUGGAAGUCAGUGGAGCCAUACUCUGUGCCAGUGGAUUGUGCUCUGGCUGAGUCUCAGAAGCAAGAGAGGGAGGAGACAGAAACAGUAUCAGCUAUGGCCUCUCUUUCAGUGGAUGUUGAACAGUGUGUUCCUCAGGAAGGCAGCAGAGCUGCUGGUGAGCCCAUGGAAGAAGAGCCAGCCUUGUGAAGUGCCAAGUCCUCCCUGAUAUUUCCUGUGGGUGACAUCAUUGUGUAUCCCCCAAAGCACCCUCAGACAUGUCUUGUCUGCUUCUUGGGUGGCACAGAUCAGAUGGAACAUAAACACUGGGCACAAAACUCAGAGUAGCAGCUUCACUUGUUCUUUGGAUGGACUUGAAAGAGCCUGAAAGAUUCCUUAAAUGUAACCGCCACAAUUCUAGAGUUACAGAAAAAGGGACUUGGGAGAGAGAGCCCAGAGCAUGCUUUUUUAAUGCUGUUUGACCCACUCACCAACACAAAUUGUGAAAUAGAGUAUUGCAAAAUUCUACAUGAUAGAUUAUAGAUAUGAGAAAUGCAACAGCCAGCAACAUACUCUGUGAACUCCGUGAAUCACUUUCUGACACUUUUUACUGGAUAAUUUUUUUUCAUACUGUGUUAAAUUGUUAAUAGAAUUUGUUUUCUUUGCUCCGUGUAAUGAAGAAAAAACCCCCACCCUUAUUUUAUGUGCCAUUUUUUAACCUCCUGUAAUGAAUUCUUAGCUGAAUAAGUGAAAAGCGUUUAAAUUAUGAUGAGAGAUUUUAGCUAAAGGGAAAGCACUUCUUAUUGUACUAUAAAUCCCCUGAAGUACUGUGCUUGGUGGUGCUUUAUUUUCUCUUCCCUAUUCCUGGCCAUCCCUCCCCAUUUCAUGUAAUCUUUUCUAUCACAAAAACACAUUUUUGAUUCUCUAAAAUGAUCUUUUGCCUUUAAGAAAAAGUGCUGUACCCUCUGUAGUUGACAGUAGCGCUCACCAUAUGUGCAGCAGAGAUCAAGUAUGGAUAGUUUUUCAAACGUGUUUUUGGUUUGUUCUGAAACGUUUCUGCGUUCUGACUCCAAAGCAGCGACCUUCAGUAACUGCGUGCAGCUCAUUUGAAGCUCAGGUGUUUCUGUGGAGGUUGUGUGGGAGUGUUUUUUACAGGUCGUGUUGUGAAUACCAACUGAUUCUUUUAUGUAGUCCUGCACCAAGAGAACUGAUGUUGCUUAAGAAGCUUCAAAGGGUUUAGGCUUUAUUUUAGAUCCCCGAAGUGCAGCAAGAUCUCCCUGCAAUGUGACUUUAGCUGUUUAAUUCCAUGUUUGAGAACGUAACAUAGAGUUGUGCCUUUAGCUGAAAAUGAACGCUUAAACUGUUACACGUGUUGCCUUACUGUCAGAGAGAGAGAGAUGGGGCAUGUAUGUAUGAGUACUUCAAAUGAACAAAACUCUGCUACAGUAACUUUUAUUUUGUUUACAACCUUCUCACCUAAUGAACCCCGGGAGAUACCUGGAAGUAUUCAGCUUGCAGUGUUUGAUAGCUUGCUCAGCUUUUAAAAGCAAGUGAUGUUCAUUUUUUUUAUAUUUGCCAAAUUCAAAAAAGAAAAAAAAGAAAAGGAUAUAUAUUAAAGCCAUAAGUGAAGACUGUCAUGCUUUUUAUUCUGAAAUCUGAAAGGAACCUUAAUUAAAACAAGAUUUUGGGGAAGGCCAUGAUAUGAAAGAUAUGGAACAAUAUGGUUUCAGUUAUAGGCAGACUCAAACCUGUAAAUCAAAGAUGAAAGAUUUCACUCAAAUAGAAUUAUAUAAUUCUCUUUUGUUAUGCAGUCAGACUAUAUCUUUCAUGCAUUUGGGUUUGUUUACAAUUAGCAUUUUAAUUUUAAAGACUUUUAUUACUUAUACCAAAACUCUCCACUACAAGUUAGAAAUCUGAGGCAUGCUUUGAAAAGGGAAAUCUAAAAACAGGGAUGUCAUUUCCUAUAAUGUGAAGUAAACUUUUAUUCUGAAAGGUUUACUCUGGAAUGAAUGUAUACCCCUUAGAAAGGGAAAUAAAAUUCUGACCCUCAGAAAGUGAAAUAAAAUUCUACCCCCCAUUUACAAGCGAAAACCAUGCUCGUUUUAGUAAUGCAAAGAGUCCCAUCAGGCUAAAUUAACUCCUGGUGUAAGCCACCUUGCCUGACUCUGGGCUGUUCUGAAGGGGUUGUUCACAUGACUAAAGCAAUCAGGAGUUCCUCCUGCAUUUUCAGCAGACUUCUGAUGGCAAUCUUACUUGCCAUUUACUGCGAUUUUGUUAUGGUCUUCAAAGAAAAUUCCCUUCAAGGAAACCAAGGGCUGUAGCUGAUGAGUUGGAUAAUUUGUAGAGCUUUUCACAUUUUGAAAUCAUGGCUGAAAAAUUUUAAUUGAGUGCAUAGUAACGUCGCUUUGAAAUUAACCCUAAAAUCUGUUUGUGUCCUUAGCUUACAUGAAGUUGCAUAUGAAUUGCAACCUGAAAUGUGAGUUACAAGCUUUUCCAAUCAAAGUAGGUCUUCUGGGGUGCAAAUCAGCUAAAGCUGUCUUUCUAGCUGAAAAUGCUUUUAAAAUGCCAGAAUAAUUUGAAUUAAACCACACUAUAAACUCACACUUAUACAUUUGUACAGAUGUAGUCCCAGGCAGAUAUCUAGACAUGCUGCUGGUUGAAGUUAGGAUCGUUCGGAUAAACAAGUGUGCUAAUAAACUGCACACAGAUUGUGUCCAGAACUCUGCUCUGACUGAAGUCAACACCAAAGUCCUCUUUGAUUUCGAUGGGAGAUGGAUCAGCCCCUGCUUUUCUUUUCCCCUUUAAGUCAAGAACACCAUUGCUUUUUGAUUAUGUCAUUCCUAGGCAUCUUACAGCCCUCUGGGAAAUGAUUGAGGCUUAUGGUGAAUAUCAACACUUCCUUCAAAGCAGACCUGGGCUUUCUGAGAGGGCAGUUUCACUUGCUGCUGUUUUCUUCUCACAGUAUUUUUUAUUACUGUCAAUAGCUCCCCAUGGACUGGAGUUAAAAUAUCUUCCAGCAAUUUUAGUCAUAGUUCCAGGGAAAUAUUCACAUAGACACUCUUAAAAACUGCCCAGUCUUAACUGGAUUCAACAACAGAUUGCAAGAAUUUCAGAAAGAUGCAUGAAUUGUGUGUUUCAAAUGUAAAAAUUCCAAUUUUUGAGGAGACAUCAAAGUCUCAUGUCUCCCACAGACCUUUCCCACUAGGCUAGAGAGAUUGACACCUUUGAAAAUUCAGUCCCAGAUAUUUCAAGUUGACUGCCAAAAUAUCUAUGUCUGAGCUUAGAUUACAUCUAAAACUGAGCUGAAAUGCAUAAACAAGAUGGGAUGGGGGUGGUUUCUGUGUGUAAUUCCAUGGGGAAGGUGGAGAUGAGGAGGCAGCAGGGAGCACUCGGAGCCAGGGUGACCCUCUGGUCCUGGUGGUACAAGGGCUGCAGGCAGGCAGAAGGACAUCCCACAGCACCUCCACCCCAGGCUGCCAUUGCCAUUGGCAGCAAAUCUCUGCCUCGUGGGGGAAUUCUGAAGUAAUCUGUGCUCUGCCCCUGCACCAGUCACCAACCACCAGAAAGAGAGACGCCUCAGCAGCAACUCCCAGUAACACGCUUGCUCCUAAGUUCGUUUUCUUCUCUAGCAUUAGGAACAAAGUAUUAAGCUCAGUUAAGCUUUUCUUGUAUUACUAUGCUUUUCUUGUACUUUUCUUGUAUUCUUAGCUCCUUCAGUUCAUAGUACAAACUGAAACCUAAAAAGAGACAUGACUCAGGAGAGUCAAGAAAAUAAUGAUUUUUAUCCAGCUUAAGGCUCUUAUCUGGGCUGGAGUAAGAACAAUGAUGAACAGCAAAUCUCAGAACUGCUGAAAUCUUCAUGAGUGUUUUGCACUUCAUUUUUGGACUCUGUGGAGGAAUUCUGUAUAUGCUCAUUUGGUUUUAAUAUAAUUUGCAGCUUGAUUAUAUGAUCUCUUUUCAGGCAACAUUUCUAGUGGGUAAUCAAAGUUUUUGGGAAUUUUGCCAGUGUAAAGAUGACAGAAUUAUUCCCUUUUUUUUAUCCUUCCUAAUUUUUCUUUCAGUGCAAAUGAAGCAACUAAUUCCAAGUGAAUCUGAAAAAAGUAAAAUCAUUAAGCUAUCUUAAAUAAAUAUCAUAAAAGAAAAGGAAAAUUUUAUGCAAAUAAAGAUGGCUAUGCCUUUACUUUGCAAAAAAGUCAACAACAUGCUACAGGCUGAAUAUAAGUGGCAAAACAAGCUUCUGUCUAUUUUAGUUGGUGUCUUAUCUAAGUGCAGCCUCUCUGAAAAGCUGAGAGUCAUAACCGGAGAUGAAAUAUUAGAAAGGUUUUGCUGUAGCCAACACCAGAGGUCCUGUAGAGAACAAGAAUGUAGAGACUAAUUUUUGUAGACAGACAGCAGGACACUUUCAGGGCAAUGUGUCUGGGACAAAGAAUUAGAGGGAAUUUUUCCAAAGGCACUGAUGGCUGUAAAACAACUAACUCCUGUUAGCUUGCAGGGGCAAGGAGGUGCUCAGCAAGCACCUAUUCUUUGGGAAAUAAAGAAUUUCCCCUCUGUCCCACCAGCAUGCCCAAACUCAUGCAGAUGUGAACCUGGCUUGGCUAUUUUCUCUGCUGAGCAGCAGCAGCAGCAGCAGCAGCAGUCACUAUGUGUGCUGAUGUGUGUUCUGUGCAUUUGCCCAAGAAGUUCUCAGCCCCCAGCAGACGCUUCAUAACAUGACUGAUAGGGGAAUUAUUUUUUCCUCAGUAGUGGCCUUUCCAGAAGCAUAGCAGUGCAUGGUUGUUUUAUUUUUAAAGGUCACAAUAGAGCUUUGUGAACCAUUAUACUUUUUUUUUUUUUUACAGACUCCAUGUGGAAGUAAAACAGAAUAUGUACCUGGGAAGGGGGGAUGUAUUGUAUGGAACCUGCCACAGGAAAGGGUCUCUCUUAAAUCAAGUUUCUGCUACUUGUUUUUUUUCCCUGGAUUUGAAGGAGUUCAGGUCCUAAAUUAUCAUUUAAGAUCUUUCUUUGUCAUGUCACUUGCUUUGUUUUUGUACCUGUAAUUGAAUUCACCCUUGUAACACAUAGAAAAGCAUCUGAAAAAAGUCUUUUUUCUGACAGAUUCCCUGCCCUUGGUGUGGGAAUGAGAAUAGCUUAUCUUUGCCACUUCUUGCAGCAAUUAAAUGCUUCAUUUUUGUAACAGAUCCAAACUGCAGCAGUAUUUUAAGAGUACUAUUUAGCUGGCUGUCUGCUGACUGUUAAAAAAAGAAAUUGUGAAACUUACAUUCCUCACUAACCUCAAAAGAAACCCAUUUUGAUUUUAACAAUGUCAUUUUUUCACUUGAUCCGAAAGGGUUUUGUCCCAUGAGAUCUUGUUACUAGCUCAGUUCUAAUCACUAGUAAAUCACACACUACAGAAAGUGAAGACCAAAAAGGAUGGAUGUUCCAGCAACUCUCAGUUAUGCCUCUUCUGCACAAUCCUUCAUCCUGCUCCAGUGCCAUGCUCUGUGGUUAAGAAUGUUAGCAUAGAUUACAGCAAAAUAUAAAUUGUUCUGCACCAUCAAAGAUACUGCUCCUUGGAUGUCAAUUAGCACUCUGUGAGCCGGGCUGCCAUUAUUAAGGGCUGUGAUUUGUGACAAAGACAUGCUUCUGUGGGGAUGGUCUAAAGACAAGUGAUGCAUGCAAGCAGUGGCACUGGUGCUGUGUGGUCAGAAGGAUUCUGUGCCAAGAUCUCCACACAUUUCCCCUUUCUCUCCAAUGCUUGCAUGGCCAGAGGCACAUUUGCAGUAGCAGAGCCAUGGGAUGUCCUGAUUCAAAGACCAUUUAAAUCCCUCUAACAGGCUUUGGGUAAUUGGGAGGCAGCUAGAGGAGGAACCCAAACUCUGCACUCAGCCGCACAAAACUGUAUAAAAAGCCCAGGUAUAAUAUCUGAGCUUGCCCUCACAUAAUUUUUUCUGAUAUGAAGUUCCUAGGAAAGUCUGUCUGAAAGAAAAUUGACUCUGCUGGAUCUAUUCUGCCAGCUUCCUCAGCGUGUUUAUAUCAUAUGUUAGGGGAACAGGUUCAUACUCAUGUCUCUUGCUGCUUAGUUAACUGCUAUUUUAAAUUUCAUGAUUGGCUUAAUAUUCCAAGUUAGGAUGCAGUAGGAAAGCAUAAAGCAAUACCUGGUGAAGUCAUAACUGAGGCUUUCAAAGCAAGCUUACUGCCAUGGGUUUUUACAAGACUGACUUUUUGGUCUAGGGAUACACAGCUGAAAUGUCUAUUUUUUCUGUAGGAAAUUGAUGUUGCUAUCUGUUUCCAUGAUAAAAACCAGUCCUUUUGCUCAGAGUUCUGAAAGUUUAUCUGUAAUUUGUCUUUCCAGAUUCUAAAGGAUAAAGCAUCAGUGGGACUGACCCAAAGGGCAACAUUUUUAAAGGUCGAUAAUAAUAUUUCCAUAAGAGUAAAAGGAACCAUUGUUAUUAUUCCUGAUACAUUUUUGUAUCUGCAAGUAUCCAAUGAGUAAUGUUAAGUAAUAUUGUGCUCCAGAACUUUGUUGAUUAUAGAUAUAUGAGCAUUGGAUUGGCGUGAAAUACUCUUCAACCAAGUUGUUAAAAUCCCUUUUGUUUUGUGUUUUGUAUAAUUCUUUGGCUAUAGUCUUGUCCUAGUGUUAAUAAAAGCUAUUUGAAGUAAGCUA